AUGGUGCCCAAAUAUCUCCUCGUAUUGACCUUGGCAGUAGCCGUCAGUGCAAGAACUGCAUCAACAAACCAUAACAAAAUUGAAGAGGCGAGGAGUUCAGAGGACACCGUUUUGGGAGACCUUAAACUCGCAUAUGAAACAUACAGAGAUUGCAGUGGCAGCGACCUCUCCAGCUGUCUCAAAGUAAAAUUAGCCAAAUCAUUGAAUAGGAUAUCGAAGAGCGACGAGAUUUCCAUUCUCAACGGCGUCAAGAUAACUAAAAAUAAUGAGGCGGUCAAAAACGUGGAAGUCGAAGAAGCGAUUCCGAGAGGUCUUGACGAGAGCUCAUUGGACAACCUUAUCUUGGACAAAAUCGUUGGAUUCAUGCAAACUCAUACCAUCCAGGUUAAUUUCCCAACAGGUUCAGAUCUGCAGCGCGCAUUUGCUGAAGACCGUGGAAGGAGGAAGAAGCUGGCUCCCCUCCUCGCCAUCCCCCUAUUGAUCGGGGGUAUGCUGGUCCCCCUGGCGUUUGGAGCCCUCGCUUUACUGGCUGGCAAGGCCUUGAUCGUAUCUAAGCUGGCUUUGGUCCUGGCUGGUAUCAUUGGUUUGAAGAAGCUGCUGUCAUCUAACGGCACUGGUGAAGCUCAUGAAGUAGUGGUCUCAGCUGGUCAUGGAGGAGCUGGGUGGAGCAGGUCCCUUGAAAGUGCCCACGACCUAGCAUACAACGCUUACACCCAAUAA